AUGCAUCUCAGAAACCAUCAUCACCAUCAUUACCAUCAUCACGAAGAUGAAAAUCAAAUCAUGAUUGCCAGUGGAGAAUUAAUCACGAGACAAGAAGGAUUGUUUGGAAGAUGGAAAAAAUUUUUCUUUACGUUAUCCAAGGAUGGCGUAUUGAUCAAGUUUAAAUCCUCUAAUUUUCAUACCCCAAUGCAAAGAUAUCUCAUGGUGUAUUCUUCGCAACUGAACUGUAAAGGAGACCAGAAAAAGGAGGAUACGACGUCAGGUGUACCACAAGUGACACCAUCUUUACCACAACCAGCAGUGAAUAUGUGUGGAAAGGAGAAUAGUUUAUUAUUACUCGUGGAAAAUUCUCUGGGAGAAAGAGAGACACUGUUAGUUGUGGCGCCCAUUGAUGAACAAUACGUGAUGUGGAUGCGAGGUUUUGAAAUUGUUUAUGAGCAUGCAAAAUAUGAAUUGACAAAAAGUCAUUAUCAAAUGCCAGACUAUUCAACGUCAACUUUGACAUCAUCCUCUUCACUCUCUAGUUCUCUGGUGUCAUCUACUCCUACAAUUCUCAAUUUAUUGGAACACAUUCCUAAAAGUAUUAACUUUGACCUCUUCAAAAAAGGUUUGAAAAUAUCCAAACUUGUAGAGGUCAUGAUAGAUCCAACAGUAAUUGCAAACGAAAAAGGAAUUAUAUUGGGAGUAAACAAUGCAGCAGAGGUUUUGUUUGAAUGGAGACAUACCGAAUUAAUCGGUGAGAGUGUUAAGGUAUUGAUGCCUCCCGUGUUUGCGAAUCACCAUGAUGAGUACAUGUCAGAAUACGUAAAACACAGAGUUAAGAGAAUGAUUGGAAAACCAAGAAACGUCAUUGGUAAAACCAAAUCGGGAAGAAUGUUUGCUGUUGAGAUUUCGCUUGGAGAAAUUGAUCACAAUAAUGAAGAGGAUUUUUGUGAGAUGGCUUUCAUGGCUGUAUUUCGAAAGAUUAAUACAAACGUAUGGAGCGGAUCUGAAGUUCAGCAAGAUGAAAAGGAGUUCAAUGAAAUGCUCUUGUCAAGCGAAUCGAAUAAGGUGAGUCGCACCGUUGACGGGCAUGGGCAGACAAACACUCCAGAGGACGAUACCGAUAGCUCCGAAUACAGCAGUGACGACAGUGUUAUUGAGCAAUUUCUAAAUUCUAAUGAGACGAGCAACACUCAAAACGUUCCUGUUCUGCAGCAACUCUUUGAAAACAAACACAAAGUCUGUAGACAUGUUGAAAAAUUUAAGCAUCAUUUGGAAACAUCAUUCGAAAAAGAGGCUAAACAAUUGAGGACCAAAGUGUUGUUACUCUCAAAGGAGCUUGAAAUUUUGGAACAAGAAAAUGAAAAAUUAUUUAUGCAACAAGAGGUAGAACGAGAACAUAUAGAACUUCUUGAAAGAGAAAUGACCAUUAUAUUUCCAGCUUCUCACAUUAUCUUACUUGACAUGUUGAAUGAUACUUCAACCCGUGAUGCCAUUUUGAAGUGGGCUAAGAAGGGUACCUCUCUUUACAAUCAAGUUAGCUGUUGUUUAAGUAUUUGUGAAUUCAAAGAGCGAUUUUACAUGUUGUCACCUAGAAGCACAUCUAGAAAAGGGCUUAAAGAAAUGGAAAGGCAAGCAAGAUUGCUGUUCGACGAAUAUUUUUCAUGCAGUGCCAAGUACAAGGUUGAAAUUCCAAUUGAUGUUGCGCGUAUGAUUUCAUUAAGGUUGGAAAAUCCAACAUGUCACAUGUUUCACAUUGCACUUCACAGUAUUAUUUUGGACAUGAACGAAAAGUUAGAUUGGGAUGAGAUUUUUGGAAAAGUAGAAGAAAUUUGA